AUGAAUCGUAGUGGUGUACAAAACUUGAUUAAUGAUUCUCAUGACACAAAUCAUUACCAUCAUCAUAUGGAUGCCUCUAAAAAAGAGUCGAAUACUAUGAAACACAAUUGUCAUAAAACAAAUGAUGAUUAUUCAAUGAUGAAAAUGUAUUUUCAUACAGAUUUUAUUGAAACAAUUUUAUUUGAAUCAUGGAAAGUAACAUCUCUUUCAAUUUUUAUUUGCUCAUGGAUUUUUAUAUUUAUUUUGGGUAUUUUAUACGAAGAAAUUAGAGAAAUUCGUCUCUAUUUAGAAGAAAAACAAUUAAUCGACAGACCUAUAAGUUCCAACGAAAGAAACGAACCUGAAUUAGAAUGCAUGAAUAUUGAAACAAUUGAAUCGACUCGUCAUAUUAAACAAAAAAUUCCUCCACGAUAUUCUGAACGUGCUCUACAUAGUAUACUAUAUGCCAUUCAGUUAAUACUUGGUUAUAUACUAAUGCUUAUAGUAAUGACAUUUAAUGUGUAUCUCUUUCUUGCCAUUAUUUUUGGCAUCGGUACAGGUCAUUUAUUAUAUACAUGCAAUCGUAUAAUACCGCCAAAACCCAAGAAUCAACGCCGUAUAACAUAA